AUGUCGAGCCCGACCGCGGAUCCUUUGGGUCCUCCCAUGCUCUUUCUGGAGCACGGUCCUGCUCCAGUCGACGAUCGCGAUGAGUCGGUCCCGACAGCCGCUCGUAAGCGCGAGCAACCGACACGACGUCCAAAGCAGUUUGCAACUCGUCGUCUCCAGAUGUCUAUGGCCUCACAGCCCUCGUCCCCGUCCAUGACAUCCCUGGGAUCCCUCACUCUCCGCGACGAGUGGGACGGCACAUCCGACGGCCCGCUCUUGGCAACACCUUCCGACAGCGAUCAACAGACGCAAGAGUUGCGCGACUUUGCGGCCCAACACUUGAGGCCAGCAACCGAGGACCUCCAGGACGAACUCGGAAACUUAUUGUCGAUGUCGAGGCUCAAGCUCGAGUACCGACAGCUGGCCGAAAAAGUCGUUCGCACAAGCUUCGACUCUUGGGUACGUGCAUGCUCCAAAACAGGACUGCGCGGCCACCUCCCCGAGUGGCUCAGAGGUGCCCUUCAGUCUCAAGGACUGAACCGCCUGCGCGCCGACCCGGAGCGUCUGGUCGACUUCAUCAAAUCCGAGCUCAACCCGGACUUUGACAAGGACCCAUUGCGCCACACUGUGCAGCUGCUGUACCGAGCCAUCGUCGUCGGACCUUCUUACGCCUCGCCGCCGCGUCCGCCUCAAGGCACCGGCCCGGCCAAGCACGACUUUGAGGGCGCCUUCUACGGCGAAGGCGACAAACACCUCUGUCACCACAUCGCCACCGUCCUGAGGAUCUACAAUGAGUCGAAGCACUACGGGCGCAUCGUGCCCAUCGUCCAAUCCUCGGGCUCGGGCAAGUCGAGGACCGUCGAUCAGGUCCUGAGGCGCCACCACUUCGGCAUGCUGCUGUGCUUCCGUGAAAGGGGCAACAGAGACGCUUUCCCGGCUCGCGACGAUGCUGCAGCCGACUUGCUCGUCCGCGACCAGGCAGAGUCGAACAAGCCAACCACACGGUUCUUGAAUCGUGUCAGCGCCCUUGCGUGGUUUGAAGCCUUCGCCCAUUACAUGGCAGAAGAAAUCGCGGCCUUCUGCAGCAACGUGAGCCCUGCUGCCGCAGACGAUGCGUCCAACGUCGAGGACUUCUACGAUCAUCUCAACGUCGGGCCUCCCACAAGCCCGACGGGCACUGGUGGUCGCGCCUUGUCAGACGGCGCACCUCGUCGACGAGGGCUGCUCGAGGCCAUCUCUUGCCGUUUCCGCGACAAUCUCGAUGAUCUCGUCGAGGGCGGCAACAAGCGAAGCGACACCUUCGAACGCAGUGCCUGCACGCAGGCAUUCCGUUCGCUGCAAGCCGCUGUGCUCGAUGCUUACUCGAUCGGGAAGCCACGACCCGACGGCGUCUUCAUCCUGGCCCUUGACGAAGCCAGCUCGUUGGGUCCCAUGCUUGGCCACAUUCGGCGAUUGUGGCAUGCGAUGGGAGAGUCCACGCAGGCCAAUGCCAAUCGUCUCGUCCUCCUGCUGCUCGAUACGAACUCGAGCAUCCACUACCUUGUCGGGGGCGGAGCCAAGCUCCAGUCCAGCCGCCUGCAACGCAAGAAAUAUUCGCUCCUGCCCAUGCUGAACAAGUUGCCUUUCGACGUUGCCCUGGGCGCACUCGAUCCGAACGCUCAUGACCCGCAAGGCAAGACGUGGUCGGCGCUGUUGGAACAGCUUAGCUUGAUGGGUCGGCCCCUGCUCAACAACCAGCACCUCAGGUACAACUCUGACUUCGAUGCCGGCGAGAGGGGCAUCGGCCCGUACGUUGGACGUGUAGCGCUCUGGAAGGUCAAGGGCAAGCUGCUCUCGGAGGGGGACGAGGUGUGGCUGCCUGACCUCAACUCGGAGAGUGCAACGUUCCUGCCUUCCGACAUCGACGUCGACAAGCACAUGGCUGCCCUAUGCCAGCGUCUGCCGCUGACCUUCGUCGGAGCUCAGGGCAGCGUCGACCUGAACAAGUUUCUCCAGCGGCAGAUCAGCUCGCACUUGCGCACCAUCGCUGGCCUCGACCCCGACACGUCCUUCAUCAUCACUGGCACUCCUUCUGAGCCGAUCCUGAGCAUUGCGGCGACUGAUCUGUUCCGACAGCAGAUUCCCGAGUCUGGCGAUGUCGUCAAGGUCUGGCGCGACGCCCUCUGGGCGAUGCGGAUCGGUCGGACGUUUUACGGCCUCACGGCAGGCGCCGACGGCGAAGAGGUCGCACGGACGUUGUUCGUCGUUGCGACCGACUUUGCCGCCGUCAAGAAGGUCCAGGGACCGGAUUGCACAGACCCGGACGCACUCGAAGCCACGGAGCUGUGGAGAGACGGCGCGACGCUGGACCCCCUGCCCGCCUGGGACUGGCUUGUCGAGCUCUUCGGCGGCAAGCUUGCCCAGCUUCAGAUCGAUGGCAUGCAGAGAGGAGCUGGAGGGCCCGUCACGCGUGGGAAGCAACCCGAGCCGAGCUUCAAGGCGUUCGCGCAAUCGGCACGGAUCUCGUUUACGCACUUCGUCAAGAUGCCACAUACGUUCGACAAGGUUUCGAAAAAGCAGCUGGCCGAAUGGUUCGUCGAGCACGUCGCCAUCUGCGGCGCCGACAACCAGCCGAGCUGGGACUUGCUUAUCCCGAUCUACGUCGACGAGGACUGGGAUGGACUCAACACGGUCAUCGACGUCUCCAAGAUGUCGUACAUCGUCGUUCAGGUCAAGAACCGUCGAAGCGCAGUGUCGCAAGGCCAGACAUCAAUCGUACCGCCCGCCGUCGUCCACCGAGGGCCGAGCGUCGCCGCCGACAGCGGCGCCAAUGUCAACGCCGGUGGUCACCUCGUCGACGACUUCGAGUACAUUUCGCUCUUUGUCCAACUCAAAGCGGCCCCUCGAGGUCAUGGCGCUGCCCUCAGUUACUCGGCCAACGUAAACGUGGCGACUUGGGCCCACAAUCUGCAGGUCAUUGGUCUCGACAACGGCUUCGCCCCGAUUCUUUCCAAGCUGGGUGACCAGGCCUCGGCCGACCUCCGCGCGCUCCUCGGCAUCUUCACGGAUGAGUUCGAGGACGCGCUCGACUGGCGAGCGCGAUGCAAGUCGCUCUGUGACGCUCAGUUGUCCCUCUACGCGCGCUCUCGUCAGAGGCCCACAGGCGAGCGCUUUCCCUUCCUCUGA